AUGCCCCUAGUCCAAUAUUCUGACUCCGAGUCCGAGGCAGACGCGCCGGAAUCUCCGCCACCAGCCAAGAAACCCCGCCAUGAGACCUCACGGUCGGGUUUCGCCCUGCCACCGCUCCCAGCAGCCUUCCACGAUCUCUACGCCUCCAGCACACGCGUCAGGUACCCGUCCAAGGAUGAGCUGGCUCUCCUUACAGAUCUCAUUCCUCAGUCCAAGUCGACCUCUUGUCCGGACGCGCAAGAGGAUGACAGCCCCCACGCUGUACACAGCCUCUUACAAAGCGACCUGGGCGCUCAGCUGCCACUACACAUCAGCCUCUCGCGCCCCGUAGUCCUGCGCACUGAGCAGCGCGCUGCCUUUUCCGAGCUCCUCCAGGCUUCCAUCCAAGACUCGCACAUUUCACCUCUCAAAUGGGUGGCCAAUCACGAGCGCACGCGAUGGUUCCUUGUGCUGCAUGUCGCACGGCCUGCUAGCGACGGUCUGAAUCGGCUGCUGGAGCUAUCUAACCGCGCUCUCGCUCAGUAUGACCAACCGCCUCUCUACGCGACCCCGCACAAAGUCCGUCAGUCCCGGGUGUCGAUGGCAUCUGCCCACGGCGACAUGCAGCCUGUCGCAGACUUCUCGGACUGCUUCCACAUUUCGCUGGCAUGGAGUCUGGUGGGGCCUAGCCUGGCCGAUGCCCAGCGUGUCGCGGGUAUUGACCUUGGGUCAGUACGCGGCCUACGGGUGCGUUUUGACAGUGUCAAGGCGAAGAUUGGGAAUCAAGUGGAGAGCAUUCGGUUGCCAGUUGAUGUCUGA